GCCAAUCAGGGAGCGGAGAAGGAAGGAGGGAAGGAAUGAAAGAAAAAGAGAGCCGGAAAGGGAACCAAAGAAGGUUGCGUGCUUCUGUUGGGGGGAAACUUGGCUUUUUAAACUUAUUAAAAAGAAUCAGAGGUAGAAUUGGCUGGGAGAGGAGCUGGGCGGGAAAUCAUAAUGACACAGGGCUGUCUGGCCAUGUUCCAGUAGCAUUCUCUCCUGACGUUUCGCCUGCAUCUGUGGCAGGCAUCCUCAGAGGUUUGAGGAGACAUGGUGGAAUGAUAUCUUCCUGGCCCCGUCUUCUUCAUUCUGGUCCAGAAUGGCAGUUAUUAUCCUUGUAAACAACCCCAUCCUGGCACAGCCCUCUCCCAUGGCAUUGGAUCGCAAGUUUGCUCAAGCAUCUGUCUUUGCAACGUGGUCGGCUGGGCAGCCUUUGAUAAGGACUCGAUGCCGCCUGGGAUGUCUUAUCACGCCCAGAAAUUCUCCGUCUCUCUCUUUUUUUCUCAUUGAGUCUAAUGGGACAUUUCAACAGAAUCAAAAAUACAAAUUCCUUCUUGUCUUUAAUGCUGAAGUGAACCAGAAAUGGCUUCCCAAUACCCACCAAGUCUCCGUUUUCGUCUGCCUGCAUGUAUACUCUUUUUGGAGGCUGCUUUCCUCCUGAUUUUUUAUUUCUUUUUUACCUACGACCGUCAGUACCAACAUCUUCAGAGAGACCCUGCUCUCUAUGCAGCCUUCCAGGAUGUCAAUGUCUUGGUGAUUCUUGGCUUCUCCUUCUUGCUGGCCUUUCUGAAGAGAUUUGGCUUCAGCAGCACUGGAUUUAGCCUUUGCCUUGCUGCCCUUGGAGUGCAGUGGGCGAUGAUUGUGAACGGAUUCCUCUUCCAUUUCUCUUGUGGAGCAGUGGAGAUAAGCCUGCAAAGCAUCCUAGAAGCCCUCAUGACCGUAACCAUGAUGCUGAUUUCAGUUGGGGCCGUUCUUGGCAAAGCCAACCUGAUGCAGUUGAUCUGGAUGGCCGUGGUAGAGCUCACCGUUUUUGGGUUAAACCGAUGGAUUGCUGUGGCUAUUAUGAAGAUUGCCAACCAUGUGAGCUUGAUGCACGUGCAUUUAUUUGGUGCCUACUUUGGCUUGAUGGUUUCCUGGAAGCUCUACCAUUCAUCUCUGAGCUCGAGAGUCGAAAAGGAGGGCUCAAAGCCCACUUCGGAUACAUUUGCAAUGCUGGGCACUCUUUUCCUCUGGAUGUUCUGGCCCAGCUUCAAUUCCGUGUUGAUAACGGAGGCCGAGAAGAAAUGGCUUGCUGUGUGCAAUACCUAUUUGGCAAUUGCGGCCAGUUCCAUCGCCGCCUUUUCCGUCUCAGCGGCAACCAGCAGACAUGGAAAGCUCACGAUGGCUCACAUCCAGAAUGCUUCACUGGCAGGUGGGGUUGCUCUCGGCUUCUCCGCUUCCAUGAUCCAUCAUCCUUGGCUUGCAAUGACGUUGGGCCUGGCAGCGGGAGCAGUCUCUGCUCUUGGUUCCGGCUUUCUAAAGAAAUGCCUGGAUCCAGCCAUUGGGCUUCAUGACACCCGUGGAGUUCAUUCCAUGUUUGGCUUGCCCAGUUUGCUUGGAGGAAUCGCCCACGUUAUCCUGAUUGUAGUGGACAGCUGGGAGGACCUCUCAGUAUUGGGCUAUUCGGCUUUGAUGGAGGCCGGAGCUCUGUGCCUGAGCAUGGCCCUGGGUCUGAUCGGCGGUUUCAUUACAGGUUUCUUCUUAACUUUCAAGUUCUGGAAAGCACCUCCUGUAACCAAGUACUUUGAUGAUCAAGCUUAUUGGGAGGUAAGAUUCACAUGCAUAUUAGCUGGUGAUUUUUCUGGAGUGAAGAUGUGGAUUUAUUGGAUCAAGAACCUUUUUGCUUCUCAAUAGCCAAUUCAUUCACAUUUGGAAUGGAAUAUGUGAAGCAAAGAGGGCUAAUUGUUUAGUUCCAGUUGUCCAGAUCCUUUUUGUCCCAGCAAUGAACUGCAAUGUCUGCAGGGAAUUACCUCUUAUUAUUGACUUGCAUUGGUCAUACACUCUUUUCAGGCUAGAUCUACACUUCCAUAUACAGUAGAGUCUCACUUAUCCAAGCUAAACGGGCUGGCAGAAGCUUGGAUAAGCGAAUAUCUUGGAUAAUAAAGAGGGGUUAAGGAAAAGCCUAUUAAACAUCAAAUUAGGUUAUGAUUUUACAAAUUAAGCGCCAAAACAUCAUGUUAUACCACAAAUUUGACAGAAAAAGUAGUUCAAUACGCAGUAAUGUUAUGUUGUAAUUACUGUAUUUAUGAAUUUAGCACCAAAAUAUCACGAUAUAUUGAAAACAUUGACUACAAAAAUGGCUUGGAUAAUCCAGAGGCUUGGAUAAGCGAGACUUGGAUAAGUGAGACUCUACUGUAAUUGUUUAUUUCCAAUUGUCCUGAUCCUUUUUGUCUCAGUAUUGAACUGCAAUGUGAAAAGCCAUCUGCAGGGAGUUACCUCUGAUCAUUGACAUGCAUUGGUCAUGCACUCUUCUCAGGCUGGAUCUACAUUUCCAUAUCAUCCAGUAUCCGAUGCCAAAUUAUCGUUGUUGUUAUUAUUAUUAUUAUUAUUAUUAUUAUUAUUAUUAUUAUUAUUUUUGUUGUUGUUGUGUGGUUGAAGGCUUUCAUGGCCAUAAUCACUGGGUUGCUGUGUGUCUUCCGGACUGAAUGACCAUGUUCCAGAAGCAUUCUCUCCUGAUGUUUCGCCCACAUCUAUGGCAGGCAUCCUCAGUGGUUGUGAGAUCUGAUGGAAACUAAGCAAGUGGGAUUUAUAUAUAUACCACUGGAAUAAUGUCCAGGGUGGGGGAAAGAACUCUUGCCUGUUGGAGGCAAGUGUGAAUGUUUCAAUUGGCCACCUUGGUUAGCAUUGAAUGGCCUUACAGCUUCAAAGACUGGCUGCUUCCUCUAAAAUCAGGACAGUAAAUAAAGGACAACACUCAAAAAACAGGGGGAUUCCAGACAGGAGACAAUCAGGGCCAGCUAACACAUGCGAACAAAGGAUUCCCCCAGGCAGGAAUCAUUUAAAAAAAUAAAUCCUGUAUACACUAACCCAGGCCUAAAUGGACACCAUGGGAUUUGUUUCUGAUUGAACUUACUAGGACUACACUACAUGCUUUAGUACAAGGAAAUUACAUCUUCUGAACUAUAUCUGCUUGUAUUAGGAUCCAAAGAGUAAGCUGGAGAAAAUAUCUAAGUGCAGCUCUGUGAUCUCUGGUACAGUCGAGUCUCACUUAUCCAACACUCGCUUAUCCAACUUUCUAGACUAUCCAACACAUUUUUGUAGUCAAUGUUUUCAAUGCAUCGUGAUAUUUUGGUGCUAAAUUUGUAAAUACAAUAAUUACUACAUAGCAUUACUGCGUAUUGAACUACUUUUUCUGUUAAAUUUGUUGUAUAACAUGAUGUUUUGGUGCUUAAUUUGUAAAAUCAUAACCUAAUUUGAUGUUUAAUAGGCUUUUCCUUAAUCUCUCCUUAUUAUCCAACAUACUCGCUUAUCCAACGCUCUGCCGGCCCGUUUACGUUGGAUAAGCGAGACUCUACUAUAUUAACAGAAUGUAUUGUAGUGUCACAUUUUAAACAUUAUCAACAUUGCACUUUUUACCCAGCAUCCAGAACACGUCAUUUACUUGUUGAGGUUGUGUUGAAACUGGGAAGUCAUCCUCCUCAAAUACACUCAGGUUUUCAUAAAAGAGCAAAGUAAGAUGUUAUUUAUUUUUGUUAGUGUCCUCAUGCUAUUUUUUUCUUUCUUUCUAGUUUCCAAAUUUAGCUGUUGGAUACUGAACACAGCCAUCAAGGAAGCUAGACAUUCAAGAGAGAAUUGUUUCCUAUGUGCUCUCAUCACUCUGCAAUGUGAGAUUUUGUAUCUGCUUUAUUAAAGCUGCCAGAAGUCCUGCAUUCAUCUUUCUGCAGUAAAUAAUUAUUUGCAAGGCUAAGUGCAGAGCACUACAACCCUGUGGUGUUUAUUUGCUAUUUGUGCCUCUGUUUUGCUGUUUGUUUGACUCUAAGCCAGGCAUGGGCCAACUUUGACUUGUUUUUAUUGUUCUGUUCGGGCUUGGCCCCAUGUAAGCCGCCCCGAGUCCCUUCGGGCAGAUGGGGCGGGGUAUAAGAAUAAAAUUAUUAUUACUAUUUUAUUAUGACACAGCAAACAAGAUAGAUAUGCUGGAUUUCAUAUCACAAAAUCACAAGUCGAACACUUCCCAAGUGUCUAGGACUGUGUGAUGUAUUUUCGGAUGAUGCGUGCAGAUCCCAGUCAGGUGGCCUUUUGCAGUUGGCAGAUCGUAAUUUUGUCAAUGUCUAUUGUUUCCAAAUGCCGGCUGAGAUCUUUUGGCACGGCACCCAGUGUGCCCAUCACCACCGGGACCACCUGCACUGGUUUCUGCCAGAGUCUUUGCAGUUCAAUCUUGAUGUCCUGAUAGUGGCUGAGUUUUUCCUGUUGUUUUUCACCUGGUAUGGCGACAUCAAUGAUCCAAACCUUUUUCUUUUCCACCACUGUGAUGUCUGGUGUGUUGUGUUCCAGAACUUUGUCAGUCUGGAUUUGGAAGUCCCACAGUAUCUUUGCGUGCUCAUUUUCCAAUACUUUUGCAGGUUUGUGAUCCCACCAGUUCUUUGCUGCUGGCAGGUGGUACUUGAGGCAUAAGUUCCAAUGAAUCAUUUGGGCCACAGAGCUGUGCCUCUGUUUGUAGUCUGUCUGUGCAAUUUUCUUACAGCAGCUGAGGAUAUGAUCCAUGGUUUCGUCGGUUUCCUUGCACAGUCUGCAUUUUGGGUCAUCAGCUGAUUUUUCGAUCUUGGCCUGAAUUGCCUUUGUCCUGAUGUCUUGCUCCUGGGCUGCAAGGAUCAGGCCUUCUGUCUCCUUCUUCAGGGUCCCAUUCGUGAGCCAGAGCCAGGUCUUCUCCUUAUCAGCUUUUCCUUCAAUUUUGUCAAGGAACUUUCCAUGCAAUGUUUUGUUGUGCCAGCUGUUAUUAUUAUUAUUAUCAUUAUUAUUAUUAUUAUCAGCAUCAUUAUUAUUAUUAUUAUCAUCCAGGUGUUUUGGACUUCGACUCCCAUCAUUCCUAACAGCCUCAGGCCCCUUCCGCUUAAGCGGCUGAGGGGGAAAAGGAAAGGGCCUGAGGCUGUUAGGAAUGAUGGGAGUCGAAGUCCAAAACACCUGGAUGGAGGGCCAAAGUUGGCCCAUGCCUGUCCUAGACUAUAACUCCCAGCCAUGAACUAUGGCUCAGCAAAUGCCAGGAAAGACUUCAUGAAACACACCAUACAUUCAAGAGCUAUGAAAGAAACAUUUAUAUUGUUUAAUACUUCAUUAUAAUAACAAAAACAUUCAGCGAGAGGACGACUUCAUCAGAUUCUCUUAACAGUUUUACAUCUGUCAUACAAGAAAACGCUUAAUGUCGGAAGCUAAGAGAACAGAAUAAUAAUAAUAAUAAAAAUAGGAAGUGUGCUUCAUGAUUUUAAAGUGUAGACAGUGUUUUAUCGUCAGUGAUAUCAGAGCGGAAAUGUUACCAAAAUGGAGGUGGGCGAUUAAAAAUAGCCGGCCGGGCGUGCGCAGUCUCUUAUUGCCACAAAUCUUCUGUGCGACCAAACUUAAAGACCAAACCUC